GAUCCGCCUACGAGACAUGUUAGCGACUUAAGUGUAACCGGGCACAUUUCACGUCUCUCUGCUGUUUUAUGUCUCGAUUUUGUGAAGUAGCAUAACGCUAACAACGGCAGUUAGUAAAUACAUCCCGUUGUUAAUUGGACGAUGACUAAACUAAACUUGCCAGGUUAGCUAACCAGCCAAUGUUGUGGUACUCGGAGGCACAUGGAUUGACCUGAACAUCUGCUAAGUUUGUAUCCAGCUAACUCACUGAAACAUUUUUUGGAAAAAUGAGUGAAACCGAGGAACCUGAGUGGACCAAGGAAAAUUUCCAGAAGCUUUUUGCUGCAAUGAAAAGCAACAUCCCCAAACGUUAUAGAAUGUUCGCUUAUUCCAAAGCACAGAAAGCUCUUGACUGGAAGAAGGUGGCUUUCCCUCCUUUCUCUCCUGAAGAGUGCCAAGAAAAGUGGGGAGAGAUUUUGCAGAAGAUGCGCAAGUUUCGGUCCCUCACUGAACUCAUUGUUGAAGCUGAAGAUGCCCUUUCAGAACCUAAGCAGAACAAUAAAAUCCAUCCAAAGUUCCCGAAGAGACCCACCCCUCCAAAUGCCUUGUUUUACAAGGAGAACAGGGCCAAGUUUCAAGAGCAGCACCCAGAGCUGAGCCACAGAGAGGUUUUGGAGGUCUUAGGCAAGAAGUAUCCUGCGCUCCCAGAUGAAGAGAAGACUCCGUAUAAGGAGAGACACCAGCUUGCAGUAAAAGAAUACAAGGCAAAGGUGCAGGAAUUCAGGAAACAAUUUUCCAGCCCCCCUGAUCGUAAGCGCAGGAAAUCUCGAAAGAGGAAGCAGGUGUCUGCAGACACCCCAGAUGGUGAACAGCAUACUGAAGGUGCAGAAGAUCUGCCUCCCAAGCCUCCUCUCAACGGCUAUAAUCUGUUCUGCAAAGAGCAAAUUGCAUCCAUGGCAGGUAUCUCAGUGAAAGACUAUGUGAUCGUGUGGGCCCAACGUUGGCGAGAUCUGACUAUGAGAGAGAAAAACAAGUACAAUACACGCUGCAAAGAGUUGAAGAGACAGUAUGCGAUCAAGCUGAAUGAAUAUCUACAGUCUUACACUGAGGAGGAGCAGCAGCGGAUCUUAAAUGAGAAUGGAAUCAAAAUACCUAAACAGUGUAAGGGAAUUCAAAGUGAAAUUAAACCAGUAUUUACACAUCCUGGUGAGCCCAAGAUGCCGUCUCGAUCUGGUAAUGUAAUUUUCUACAAAGCUCAGAUGGAACUUCUUAAGGAGGAAUUCCCAAACUCAAAGGAGCGCUUCCUCAAGGUCUGCCAAAGUUGGCAGGGCCUCUCUAUACGAGAGAAGGAACGCUACAGAGAGAAAGCACAUGAAAGGAUAAGAAAAUACUCAGUAGAGCUGCAGAAAUGGUUUAAGACGCUGACAGCAGCAGAGCAGGAGGACUAUAGAGCAUGUAACCCCAGUAAACGUCAGUACCUCGAUGACAAAAAAAUUAUAGUUUGUAACAUAGGAGAACCAUACCUGAGCAUACCAUCAGAUUCAGAAGAUGAUGACAUUGAGGACAGCAGCAGUGAUGAAGAAGAGGUUACUCUGAACUAUUAUGAGGAUGAGGAGGAAGAAGAGGAGGAUGACAUCACCUUUGAGAUGUUUUAGGUGGUGGUGAGAUGGACAGCAGAGGUCUCACACACACACACACACACACACACGUGUCAAGUUCAAAGCUGGAUUCUGGAUUUGGCAGGACGGACAAGUGCUUCUAUGGCUGACUUUAAUGCCAAAAUAAUCAAAGCUGUUGUAACUUUGGCACAAACUUGUGCCCAUUGCUCAGAUAAGAAGCUAAUGGAGAAAUAGAUUUAUGCAUCUUAAAUUGGAUGCUGCUUUACAACCAAAUGUUGAGGCCCUGUUAUGGAAAUGCGAUCCAUGCAAAAAGACCUUCAUUGUUUGAUCUGCUGUGCUCACAUGGUUUAUAUUCCCAAAUCAACUUCAGAUUCUGAGAGAAUACACUUUUAGUAAUCUGCCAUAGGAAUGUUGUUCACAAUGUAUGGAGAAAAAAAAUGCAUGUGAGGUUGUUUGUUCAACCAUUACUCAGCUGAUUUAACAUUGAUAAUACACAUGUAUUAAGUUAUUUUAGAGAGAAAGUACUAUGACAAAAUGUCUGGGGGAAAACAUGUAUGGAAUUACUAAAUAUUUUUUGUUUUUAUUUAGAGGAUAAACAAAACCUUUUCUUUGUUUUUUAUGUUGUAAAGCCUUGCACAUUUUCUUGUUUGUAAAUCCCACAAAAAAAAAAAAGAUGUUUUUAAUAAACGUGCUACACAAAGAUGUGA